AUACAAGCACAGCCGCAAUCAAACUUCCUACUUUUGUACGUACGGGACUAAUUGGGAAAUUCUUUCCAUUCGGAUUCUGCCAUGAGUUUAAAGAGUUGCUUCGAUUGGCCAUCCCUAUCACAAUGACGGCGCUUAUGACCUUCCUUUCCGGACCGAUAAGUGCCGUAUCAUGUGGAUUGCUUGGCAAACAUGCACUUGCCACCGUAGGGUUGGCGAACUCAGUGUUCAACGUCACUGGUCUGGCUGUUGUAAUCGGUUUAUUGACGGCUGCUGAUACUUUGUUUUCUCAG